AUGAUGAAUCCCUACAUUAGUUGGGCUCUGCUGCUCGUGGUAGCAGGCGGUCUGGGAUGGUAUUACAAUGGCCCCCAACCCAAAGUGAAGGCCCCCAUCAAGCCUGUAGUUGAGAAGACAGAAAGUGCACUGGGUGUCAAGAAACCAAAAAAGAAGGCGAAGAAGGCUCCCGAAACCACUUCGGCCCCGGCGACCAAGAAGGUCGAAGAGAAGCCUGCCGUCGAAUACAAGACCCCGGAGGCCGAUGAGAAUGACGAAGAGAUUGACAAGAAGGAGAUGGCCAAGCGCUUUGCCGCGGUAAAGGAUGGCAUCCCUGCUCAGGCGAGCGGCGGCGAGAGCAAGUCUCAGAAGAAGAAGAAGAAGAAGCACGCCGCGAUCAGCCAGCUGGAGGCUGAGGCUAGCGAGCGCCCUGGUUCCCAUGGAUCUACUCGCACCUCCUCCACCACUGGCGCGGAUGCGGAUGAUGAUUUGUCCCCGGUAGCAUCGCCCACGGCGCCACCCACCUCUUCUGCCGCUGGAUAUGUCUCCGAUAUGCUGGAGGCCCCUGCCCCGAGCGCCUCGGUCCUUCGUGUCACUGGAUCUGUGGAAGAUCCCAAGAAGAAGCAGAAGACUCAGUCCUUCAAGCAGGUUGAGACCAAGAAGCAGCGUCAGCAGCGCCAGAAGAAUGAGGCUCGCAAGCAGCAGGUUCAGGAGGCCGAGGCUGAGCGACGCAAGCUUCUCGAGAAACAGCUUCACAUGGCUCGGGACGCUGAGCGCCGCGAAGCCGCCAAGUCGAAGCCGGCUGCCCCCCAGACGAACGCAUGGCAAACAAAGGGCGUGAGCCCGACCACUAAUGGCACCACCAAGGUCGUUCAGAGCCCCAACGUGGGCCUUCUGGAUACCUUCGAGGCGCCCGCUGCCAAGCAGACCCAGGCUCCCGCCACUGCCUCCAGCUCGAAGAAGUGGGACCAGAGCCUCCCCUCGGAGGAGGAGCAGAUGCGCAUCCUUGGUGCGAAAGCUAUCGAUGACUGGACCACUGUGUCGAGCAAGAAGACCAAGAAGAAGACAGGCAAGGCCGAUGAGAGCUUCAGCGAGGCCAGCGCUUCCGAGACCCAGCAGCGCCAGUCCACCCCCGCCGUUCCUGCUCCCGUCGAGCCCAAGGUCACUGUGACCCCCACCUAUAUCCCCGAUCUUCUGCGCUCGAAGCACAAGGGCCACCCCCUCGACUCCGACUGGGCUGCCUAA